AAUGGAGGGUUAAUUGCAGAACUAGAAUCCGAAUCAUUGGCAUCCUGGCUUAAUAUGACGGAAGGUAAAACAGUGCUGAUUAGCAAUCUGGACAUCUCAGUAUUGUUUCGCCACCGCACUUACCCAAUAGUCCUGGAAUAUUUACCCAUUCAAUUACAGAUUGAUGAUGCUGGUUUCCCAACACAAGUAGAGCAAGAAAACAACCUCCCACCAAACACAAUAGCAAGUGUAAGAUGGAUCAAGCCCCCAACGAAAUGUACUGCGGAACAGAGGAAAGCUUUUGCUCUAAUGCACAUUACUGACAUUCAUGUAGCAAACAAUAUACUACAAGAUGGUAUUUGUAUCAACAACGAGCACGUCAGUAUUUGA